AUGAGAACUAUUUCAGAGGCAGAGAAGCAUUGGCGUCAACUCGACGACUUCCACUCCUUGACCGAUUUAAAGAUAGCAGUGUCCUCGCACAGGGAGCCCCAAAUCACUGCCGGACUCCGAUCCAUCUGCUGGAAGAUCUUCCUCCUAUUUAAGACCUUAGACCGCAAGAUAUGGCUCAGUCUCCUGGACGAGGCACGCACGACCUACAACUCCCUUCGCGCGCACAAUCUACGCGCCAUAGAACAUCCGGAUGAAUUCGAGUCCUCCGUCGACCCGCUAAGCGAAAAUGAAGAGUCCCCGUGGGUAGCUCUUCGAGCCGACGAGACCCUCCGCGCGGAAAUCUUCCAAGACAUCGAACGAUGCAUGCCCGAAAACGUGUACUUCCGGCAGCCGGCCACGCAGAACAUGAUGCUGGAUAUACUUUUCGUGUGGUGCAAGAUGCAACCUGAGAUUGGAUACAGACAGGGUAUGCAUGAGAUACUGGCGCCGCUGCUCUGGGUGGUUGAGAGAGACGCCGUGGACACAACAGAGCUCAAGAACAGGGGCGUAGACCACACCCUAGCGGAGAUGGUAGAUUCCAGGUACAUUGAGCACGAUACAUUUGCCCUGUUUCGAUUGAUCAUGCAGACUGCAAAGUCAUUCUACGCACCAGCGGAAACCGGUUCGACCACGAAAGAUACCCCCAUGCUCGCCCGGAGCUCCAGGAUAUUCGACAGAUACCUCCCAAGGGCGGACCCAGGACUAUCUGCGCAUUUGGUCAAACUAGAAAUCGUACCUCAGAUUUUUCUACUGCGCUGGAUACGGCUGCUCUUUGGGCGGGAAUUCCCUCUGGACUCUGUUUUGAACAUGUGGGAUGCUCUCUUCGCCAUCGAUUCCACCCUAGAACUGGUUGACAUGAUCUCGAUUGCCAUGCUGCUUCGCAUACGCUGGGAUUUGGUAGCCGCAGACACAAACGAAGCAUUUUCGCUUCUUCUGCGCUAUCCAAAGCCCGACGUGCCUGCUUACACUUUCAUCAAAGACGCAUUAUACCUCAGAGACCAUCUGACUCCUGAAGGCGGUGUCGAAAUCAUUACGCGGUACGGCAAAAAGGCACCAGUAAUCGAAACCAAACCCACUCCAACUAUCCGCGUACCAUCUCCCUCGCCAUCGUACGCUUCAAGUCGCACGAGGCAGAGCGUGGGGUCGCCGCGGAACUUUGUCAGUCAGCAAGGCGCGGGCUUAGAAGCACUGUUCCAGGGCGCUGCAAAGAAUGUGUUGGAGCGCGGAUCCCAAUGGGGUGUUGGAAAAGCGAUACGCGACGCAGUAGGCGAAGUUCGGAAGAACGUUGAAGCUAUUCAGUCUGGAGGGGCAUCAGGGCACAUCUCCCCCAGAUCUGGAGGACGGGAAUAUCGCAAGCCUGCGCAAAUUGCAACGGCAGCAGCAAGCAAAAGACCUGGGCUCGAGCGCAUGCAGUCAGGCAAUGCAAUCAAGAAGAUUGAGAGCUUAGAACGGAGAAGUCAGAACCUAGCGAAGAUGCUUGAAAGCGCUAUGGCCGAGCUGUGGGACUACCAUAAAGAGAGGAGCGAGGAUGGGAAGGAGAGUAAAGAGGCGAUAGAGGCAUUGAGUUUGGCCAUUGCCAAAAUCCAAUUCGUGCAGGUCUACCUCGAAGACUCCUCGAUACCCUUACCGAACGACGAAUCCACCGACCAGGCAGCCGCCGUUAAUGCGUCUACGAACCUUACAUCUCCUCAGGCACUAUCCCCGCCGGUGCCAGAGCGGACAUCAAGCGCACCUCCUACUGCUAGUGCCUCGCACCCGCGGCCAAGCUCGUCAGCGACCGACAAAUCCUCUUUACUAAACCCGCGGCCUACCUCUCCCCAGUCACCGCAAGCAUCAUCGAAGCUGUCACCACGCACACGCCCGCUUCUCACUUCAUCAUCUUUCUCGUGGAUGCUAGGGCAGGAAGCAACGGCCUCGACCUUCGCUUCUCAUACCACACAUACCGCUUUUCCGUCUGACGAAAAGCGGCGGAUGAAAGGCAAAGGUUUCUUAUUCGGCGAUGAAGAUGAACCAGAUAACCCGGUAAAAGAGAAGAGGGGCAGUGUGACUGGGAAAGGCGGAAAGGGGAAGAACAACGUCGAACCAGAGGUUGAAGAGGAGAUUAUCGAUCUGGAGGAUGUGGGGAAGAGGGGGGCUGUCAGCUGA